AUGCAAGACAUCCUCUCCGCUGAGCAACCAGACCGAUUCCUCCCACAACCCCGACAUCCGGCCAGCCGAACCAAACAGGCCAAGUGUGAUCAAGCAGAAAGCCUCAACACCGAGUCCGAUAAACUAUCGAAGAAGGGCACACCUCGAGAACCCCCAACCCCAGCAAACCAGUCAAAGCCACGCGCUGGGUGGUCAGACAAGCGCAAGGCCGAACACGCUACGCGUAUGGCGGAACUGGGACUUACUUACCGGUAA